UGCCCAUCAUCCCAUCUGUUAGGUAGCGGAGCCCCACCCCGGCUAACCCCGCUGCCGAGAAUGACGGGCUCGAUCUACCGAUUGACGACGACGGCCAGGCCGAGGCCCGGAUCACCGGAUUGAACGUCAACCGAACCAACUCCCAUUCCUUGGCUCCGCUCCGCUCACUUACAGCAUCUUGAUUAUUGAUCACAUCAUGAAUUGAGUUUCGCAUUCUCAUCCUGCUCAAACUUACCUCUACUUGCCGUUUCUGAUUCCUCUCACACGUCCCUUAACUGCUGCUCCGUUAUCGCAGUCAUCGCAACGCAACCAUGCCGCCAACUCUCCCCGUUAUCCCACACUCCGGCCGGUAUCUUCUCACCCGCACCAUCACCCAACACCUACAAAGAACCACCACCAGCACCACCCGCCGCAUCUCAACAUCCCCUUUCCUCACCACCCAUCACCACAGCAAAUCCCCCAUUAUCACUUCCCUCGACCAACAAAUCCCCAAACCCCCACCCAAGAAAUGGAUCACCGACCUCCCUGCCCGCCUGGGGAAAUGCAUCAUCUUUGGCUGUUCUCCCUCUCAGAUUAGAGAUGCGUCGGUGAUCUUGAGAGCGGUGGCGACGGAGUGGCGGGGGUUGUUGGCGGGUGCGGAAGGGUUCUUGACGGGCGGGAGGAGGGGAGUGGAUUCGCGAGAGGUGGUCUGGGGGGAGAUGGAUAGUUUUGGCCACGUAAACAACGUCAACUACUACCGCUACGCCGAAUCCGCACGAGUCAACUGGAUCACCAACUUCUCCGUGCACGUCGACCCAGCUCACAGGCAAGAGUGGGCGGAACUAAUGCAGCCAAAGGCCAUCGGUCUAAUCAUGAAGUCCCUAAAGUGUGAUUUCAAAUUCCCAAUGGUCUACCCCGACCGUAUCUCCGUCUACCACCGCCUCUCCACGCCGCCCCAGCACGGACAAACCAGCUUCCACCUCGACUGCAUCGUCCUCUCGCACCAACAUCGCCGCGCCGCUGCCCGGCUGGAAGAAGACGUCGUCAUCUACGACUAUCGCAAGGCAGGCAAGACGGCCAUGCCCGAGUUUAUGUUGACUCAGUUUGAGAAGACGUGGAAGUUGCAGCAGGAGGAGACGAUCAGGGCGCGCAAGAGGAUAUGGGAAUUGAUUGCCGGAGUGGAGAGGUUAGAGAGGGAGACGUGGGAUCGAGAAGGUGCGAAGGAGGAUAUGGGCAGUGCGGUCAAGGGGUCUUCGUCUUGAAUAAGGAUGACGGGAGCGACAUAGG